GCAGUUGUGGCUAACAAACCCUGAAAAGAAAAUCUAAUUUCUGCAAAUCUCACUGCACAGUAUCUAUUAAGACAAAUCUCACCCAAAACCCUUCUUAAACUCCUCUCCCAUUUGAAUUCCACCUUUUACACUCUUCCACAGCAAUAAAGAUUGGAUCUUUACAGUGGAAUUGAUGGGUCUUGAUGAACCCUUUUCGGGAAAGGCCAGAAUUCAAACCGAGCUCUUCUUUUCUUGAACAAAAUUAGCGGGUUUUUACCUUUUUUGGCAACUUUUUUGUCGUUGCUCUUCUUGUUUAAAUGGAGGUUGUAGCUGAGGCUGAGUCAAGAGGUAGCAAACCGAGUUCUGAUGAUAAUCCUUCUUCGCCCCAAUUUGGAUGGCCGAUUGGAAAGAGGGGAAAUUGUUUGAAAGUUGGGGUGAAAAUCAAGCCUCAUUUGAUUGUUGAGAGUGGUGAUGGAAAAUCUGGGAUUGAAAAGCAGGAUUCAAAAUUUUCAGAAAUUAAGAUGAUGAAGGAGCGGUUUGCAAAGUUGUUGCUUGGUGAAGAUAUGUCAGGAAGUGGCAAAGGAGUUUGCCCUGCACUCACCAUCUCAAAUGCCAUCACAAAUCUAUAUGCUUCUGUGUUUGGACAACUAUGGAGACUGGAACCGUUGCCUUCCGAAAAGAGAUCAAUGUGGCGAAGGGAGAUGGAAUGGCUUCUCUCCGUGAGUGAUCAUAUUGUUGAACUCAAGCCUUCUUGGCAAACAUUUCCGAAUGGGGGUAGAGUUGAGGUUAUGAGUUGCCAACAAAGAUCAGAUCUCUUUAUUAAUCUGCCAGCUCUUCAGAAACUCGAUAACAUGCUACUUGAAAUACUUGAUGGAUUUGCCAAGGCCGAAUUUUGGUAUGUCGAUCAAGGUAUAGUUGCACCAGAAGCUGAUGAAUCAGUCUCCUUCCCGAAAGCUGUUCAACGCCAGGAGGACAAGUGGUGGCUUCCCGUCCCACGUGUUCCAUCCGGCGGUCUGCCUGAGGCCUCGAGGAAGCUAUUAGGUCACAAGCUCGAAUCUACGAAUCAGAUUCUCAAAGCUGCCACUGCCAUCAAUAGCAGCACUUUGGCUGAGAUGGAAGUUCCAGAAUCAUACUUGGAAACACUUCCAAAGACGGGGCGAGCUUGUCUCGGGGAUGUCAUCUACCGUUACAUUACCACAGAGCAUUUCUCCUCGGAGUGCUUGUUAGACUGCCUCGAUCUUGCAUCCGAACAAGCUGCUCUGGAGAUGGCGAACCGCGUGGAGGCAGCAAUCUACAUGUGGCGGAGAAGACAGCACCCGAGCCAUACUGCUGUCAGAUCCUCUUGGGAUAUCAUGAAAGAUCUGGUGACGUACGGUGACAAGAGUGAACUGCUCGCUGAGAGAGCCGAAACCCUCCUGCAAUCCCUGAAGCAGCGAUUCCCGGGACUCACGCAAACAACUCUAGACGCCACCAAAAUACAGCACAACAAGGACGUCGGGAAGUCCAUCUUGGAGAGCUACUCGAGGGUCUUGGAGAGUUUGGCGUUCAACAUAGCAGCACGCAUCGAAGAUCUACUCUACGUGGAUGACAUCAACAGGCAGCCGGACAAGCUCUCGUCAGCGCAUUCUGCCAGCUUGAUGUCUCACAAGAAGAUACCACUCCCGUACCCAGUGUCCGUCUCAGGCACUCCUUAUCGGACAGCUUACGCAACGCCUAAGAAAUCUCCCGGUCCUCCUCUGGCCAGUCCCUUGAGAGGAGAUAGGACGCCUUUCCCAGACAACAAGCCUGCACGUCGAGGAGUAGGAGUGAAGAGAGUUCUCACGAACUAUCUUGUCGGUGAAGGGAAGGCGAAUGGCCGCGAAGGGGUGGAUGCUGUUUCGAACCGAGCGAGUGAAGGGAGAGCAUCGUCUCAUCUGAGCAUGGCGUCGCCUUCGAUCCAGAAAGAGUCGAUUUCACAGCUAAUAGACCGGUAGUGUUAUACAUAUAAGGCAUAGCUUUAGUUUGUUUUACUUGGUUUGAGAAAGAGGCAUAUAUAUAGAGAGAGUUUCUGCUGGAAAUUGAGAGAUGCAUUGAACCAUAUAUAUGUACAUUUUCAUAUUCGAGCCA